CCUUUCUUUCCCAGACGCGGAGUGGUUUCCCGGUUACACACACACCGCCCGGAAGGGGAAAAGAAGCGAGAGGGAGGUGUCGAAGGGCGGGGGUGGUUUGGGUUGCCGGUGUUGUUGUUGUUGCUGCGGUGGUUGUUUGUAGGCGCCGCCGACGCCAUGAACGGCGCGGCGAACCCGCUGCUCGACAAGGAGGAGCAUCCGCUGCAGCUGGGCGAGAGUUUCGAGCGGCACCCCAAGGCCUCCUUCCACACCAUCCGCUAUGAUUUUAAACCAGCAUCUAUAGACACAUCUUGCGAAGGGGAGCUUCAAGUCGGCAAAGGAGAUGAAGUCACAAUUACAUUACCACACAUCCCAGGUUCUACUCCUCCAAUGACUGUGUUCAAAGGAAAUAAGAGGCCAUACCAAAAGGACUGUGUACUUAUCAUCAAUCAUGAUACUGGGGAAUACGUGCUUGAAAAGCUAAGUAGCAGCAUUCAAGUCAAGAAAACAAGAGCUGAAGGCAGCAGCAAAAUCCAGGCCCGAAUAGAACAGCAAUCUGCCCGAGGCUCACAACCUUCUUCCACCCAGUUCAGAGCUUCUACAAAGUCAGCAGCUGGUCCCAAAACCUCCCCAUUGAAAGACAAUCCUUCACCAGAGCCUCAGCUGGAUGAUAUUAAGAGAGAGUUAAGAGCUGAGGUUGAAAUUAUUGAACAGAUGAGUAGCAGUAGCGGAAGCAGCUCAUCAGAUUCAGAGAGCUCUUCUGGGAGUGAUGAUGAAACUUCCAGCAGUGAUGGCAAUGACGCUGCUCACCCUUCCCCUUCUCAACAGUAUAACAACAAGACCUCUGUUGCUAACGGUACUAGCAGGCAACAAGGAAGCAAUCAGCUCAUGAACACGCUCAGAAAUGACUUGCAGUUGAGUGAAUCUGGAAGCGACAGUGAUGAUUAGUAUGAGGCUUCUCCAUUGGUUUUCUAUUGCAAAUAUAUGAAGAUGUGAAUUUCCUGAGCAAUAAGAAUGAUGCUGCUGUAGAAGCUGGCUUGGGACAUAGGUGUACAAGAGCAAAUUUAACAAAUAUGUGACAUUUGGAGGUGGGGGCAACAAAUAUUCCUGAAGCAAGGUUUACAGUCUGUUUACUUGGUGUAUAAAUUGUUUAUGUUGUGUAUAUUCUUUUCAAAGUUUUUAAACUGAUGUGAACAUACUAAUCUAAUUCUGUAAUCUGUGUUCUUAUGUGCUGAUACUGUAUAAUCAUGAUGUGCUCUAAUACGAUUCUUGCUUUUAGGAAAGCCCCAGUGUUCCAAUAAGGUAAAGCAAAAGUUGUCUGUGGGGUAGAUGUAAAUCAGGUUUACCAUUUAAAAACCAAAUAGGAAAUGGAGUGCAAAUCUGAAACUUUGGCAUUAUGCUAAGAUGUGCAAUUGCCUCUGGCUUUGUUAACCUUAUGGCAGACAUCAACUGCCACUUGCCUGUCACCUGUAAUGAAUACGUAUUGCGUGCAGGCAAAUUUUUUUUAAAAAAAACAGGAAGAGAGAUGCCUUUUCCUCUUUCAGGCUCACAGUAUGCUACAAGUGAUUGGUAGAGGUAUGUAUGAGCAGGGAGGUUAGCGGAACUAUUCAUAGGCUAAUAAUAUUUGUGGACUCGUAAGAUUUUAUUAUUAUUAUUAUUGAAAGUUCAUACACUGAUAACGUUCUUGUGAUGGUUCAAAUAAAAGGCAUAAAAUGUCUUUUAUUCCAUGUAAGAAAUUCAGUGUACCCCGCAUGCACCCCAUCACCUAUGGAGGCAUAUAGAUCUGCUGCCUAUAUACACUGUCAAAACCUAUACCACUCAAUACUAGGGAUGGAGGAAUGUUUUAAAUGGAUUUUGAUAGUUCCAACCCAAUCAUGUUUUGCUCACCUCAGACUGCCUCUUCCAUCGAGUGCCCACUGGUAUCUGAGCCAUGUCUGUACCAUCGGGUGCUUUUUUAAAAAAAAAGGCUGACAAAUUAUAUGCAAAAAAUACGUAUAUCAAAGUAUAUGUAUAAAAGAGUCUAGCUCCAUACUGUACUAUAAAUCUGCAGUAGAAUAUUAUAUAUUAAAAAUAUGUAUUUUGUAUA